UAAGGAGGAGGAGGAGUAAAAGGGGGAAGAAAAUGAGGAAGGAGGGGGACCAAGAGACCCCGUUGCGUUCUGACCCUUCGAAACCUUCCCGCACACGGCCACCACCAUCACGAUUCCCCCUCUCUUCCUCCUCCUCCUCCUUCCUCACUCCUCCUGAGACUGAAAACACCAUCGCUCACUCCCAGCCGUGACAUUUUCCAGCCUGCCGCCGUAUGCUGCGCGGACAGCGAGCAGAAGCAGCCAAAAAGGAAGGGACGCUUUCUCUGUCUUCCACGGCACCGAGCAACCCGAGCCGGAGCGAGAGGCGCACCAGGCGGAGGCGAGGCGCUGCAGGAAACCGCUGCUCCUUUCUCCAGGGUUUCUGGACUACACCGGACACGGCCCAAACGGGACUGGAUACGGCGAAUAUUUAGGCUACGUCUCGGACUCCAGGGAGAGACGAAGGGAGCAAAGCUCGUGGAACUAGCCGAGCAGCGCAUCAUCAUCUCGGUGUGGGUCUGGCUGUCGAGUCGCAUGGAGAAGCGGUAUGAAGAGCUGGUGCACUACUCAGGGUCGGAGGGCAUGUCGGUGGGGGGCUAUGGGGAUGAUGUCAGGCCGCUUCCUCCCCCACAGUAUGGACCCACCAUCCCUGACUCCCUCAAACACCACAAAGACCAGAUCUAUGGUCACCCACUGUUUCCACUGCUGGCCUUAGUGUUUGAGAAGUGCGAGCUUGCCACCUGCUCCCCUCGAGACUCCACCUCCCUCUCAGCCACUUCCCACCUCCCCGGCAUGACCAAUCACAGUGACGUCUGCUCCUCCGAGUCCUUCAACGAUGACAUUGCCGCUUUCGCGAAGCAGAUUCGUUCAGAGAAGCCUAUAUUUUCUUCCAAUCCUGAGCUGGACAACUUGAUGAUCCAGGCCAUACAGGUUCUUCGCUUUCAUUUACUGGAGUUAGAGAAGGUGCAUGACCUGUGUGACAACUUCUGCCAUCGCUACAUCACCUGUCUGAAGGGCAAAAUGCCCACAGACCUUGUCCUGGAUGAACGGGAGGGUGGCUCCAAGUCUGACAUGGAGGACUUCACUGGAUCCUGCACCAGUCUGUCAGAGCAGAAUGCCUCAUGGUUACGGGAGCCAGAUGAAUGCACCACUACUCCUCUGGGAACACCGGGCAUCUGUAGCCUCCCUUCGCACAGCACAGCUGACAACUGUAGUGACACAGGCGAUGGUCUGGAUGGAGGAGUGGCCUCCCCCAGUACCGGAGAGGAGGAUGAGUCCGACAGAGACAGGAGGAACAACAAGAAGAGAGGGAUCUUCCCCAAAGUGGCCACGAACAUCAUGAGAGCAUGGCUCUUCCAGCACCUGUCGCACCCAUACCCAUCUGAGGAGCAGAAGAAGCAGCUGUCACAGGACACAGGACUGACCAUUUUACAGGUCAACAACUGGUUCAUCAACGCCAGGAGGAGAAUAGUUCAGCCAAUGAUUGACCAGUCAAAUCGCUCAGGUCAGGGCGGUCCCUACAGCCCAGAGGGAGCAGCUCUUGGCGGCUACGGGCUUGACGGACAAGCCCACCUCGGGCUUCGAACAGCAGGUCUCCAGGGGAUGUCUUCUCUGCAGGGUGACUACCUGUCCCAAGCAAGCUACCCUCCACACCCAGGACCUUCCCUCCACCCGUACCCAGGCCCACACCCCCACACUGCCAUGCUGCUCCACCCGCCGCCGCACGCGCACCCCGCAGAGCCGCUCCUCGCACAGGGACUGGACAUACACGCCCACUAGCUGUGGGAGGAAACAUGGUGUGUGUGUGAGGGAGACUUACUGUAUGAAUGUGAGUGUGCACAGUGAGCUACUCUAUGUGUGUGUGUGUGUGUGGCUGUGUAUGUUUAAUGUACACAUACAGUAAACUAUUUAAAGAAAAAAAGACACAUUGUUCCAAAAGUUUACAUUCCCCACCGAAACACACCGACCUUAAUGUAGCUAUUUCACUCACUAACACACACACACACGCAUGAGUAGACAUCAACAUGACAUUUACACACACCCAGUCUGGACCCACAGGUUUAAGCCAUACCUCUUUCAGAGUAGAAGUGCUUCCUCCUCUCUAAAUGUCUCCACUGUGU